AUGAUAUCACGGCUCUAUAAAAAAACCCUAUUAUUUGACGCAUUCCCGAAAGUUGAUUCAGGCUAUCAACAAAAAACCACACAAGGUGGCCUAGCAACACUUAUCGUCUCGAUUUGUUUAUGGUUUUUGAUAUUAAGCGAGUGUCGAGAGUAUUUGCAUGUCUCGCAGAGCUUUGAAUUUUUGGUCGACCAGAGUAUAAAUCGAGAGUUGCAGAUUAAUGUGGAUAUUACGGUGAAUACUCAGUUUUUGACAGUUGAUUUAUUGGAUGUUGCGGGUGAACGAGUACAUGUUGCUAAUGAAUUACAACGAGCUCCGACAAAAUUCGAAGUUAGAACAGCACGACAUGUUGGUGAAGCAAUCGACACGCCUUUAAAUGUUCAUCAGAUG